AUGACUCAGUCAGCAACAACUGGGAGGAAGCCAUACUUUGGGCUGACCGGAGGAUGGCUGACCGUUUGGUUGACGAUCGCAUGUGCGACGGAUAUGACACUGUUUGGUUAUGAUCAGGGAGUCUUCAGUGGUGUGGUAGUAACACAGGACUUCUUGGAGGUCCAUGAUCUAGUUGGCCCGUCGAAGACAUCAACACUCUCAACCGUGACUGCAAUCUAUGACAUUGGUUGCUUCAUCGGAGCCAUUGUUGCAUUCACUGCUGGAGAGCGCCUUGGUCGAAAGAAGGCAAUUCUUCUUGGAACAAUCAUCAUGUCCGUGGGAACAAUUCUUCAAGCCAGCUCCUUCAGCCUCCCACAAAUGUUCGUGGGCCGAAUCAUUCUCGGUAUCGGCAACGGUAUUAAUACUUCGAGCGCACCGAUUUGGCAGACCGAGACCGCCCCUGCGAAGUGGAGAGGCAAGCUUGUCAUGCUCGAGAUGGUGAUGAACAUCGCUGGAUUUGCCGCGGUGAAUUGGAUCAAUUACGGUCUCUCAUUCAACAGCGGCGCUAUUGCUUGGCGACUUCCUAUUGCUCUGCAAUUCCUCUUCAUCAUCAUUCUCUUUGCGACUGUCCCGUGGCUCCCCGAGUCCCCUAGAUGGCUCAUGGCCCAUGGUCACGAGAUUGAGGCUCUCCAAGUACUCGCUUGUCUCGAAGACAAGGAUAUCAACGAUCCAUACAUUUCCGUCCAGCGCAACGAGAUCGAGUAUAGCAUUCACUAUGAACGCGAAAACGCUAUCAGAUGGUCUCAAUUGUUGUUCAACUGGAAGAAGAAUAACUCCACAAAAACCAUGCGACGUCUGGUUCUAGGUGCUGGAACGCAGUUCAUGCAGCAGUUCCAAGGCAUCAACAUCAUGUCUUAUUACUUGCCGACCGUGCUUAUUAAUGCUGUUGGUUUGUCGAAUCAUAUAGCACGACUGCUUACUGCCUGCAAUGCGAUCUCAUAUUUGCUAUUUACGUGUCUGUCAGUUCCCUUGGUUGAAUACUGGGGACGACGAACCCUUAUGCUUCUUUCGACAUUUGGCCAAUUUUUGGCAUUCUUAAUUAUCACGAUCUUGCUGCGAUUUGCCGAAAACAAGCCCAAGGGCUCUCCGGUCGCGUCCGCCUCGAUCGCUUUCUUCUUCUUCUAUUAUAUUGCAUUCGGAAUCGGCAUGCUUGGCAUUCCCUGGCUCUACCCCACCGAGAUUAGCUCUCUUUCAAUGCGUACCAAGAGUACUGCAGUGGCUACCGCUACGAAUUGGAUUUGCAACUUCGUUAUUGUGGAAAUCACUCCCAUUGGCAUCCAGAAUAUUGGAUGGAAAUUUUGGAUUGUCUGGACGGUGUUCAAUGCUGCCUUUAUUCCAGUGAUCUACUUCUUCUACCCAGAGACAGCGAACCGCACUCUCGAGGAUAUCGACACAUAUUACCGAUCGGACCCUGGCCUUAUUGUGACUAGAGACCCUGACGCGGUGUGCAGCAAGCGCCCUAUGAAGUACAUCGAGCAUGAGCAGUUUGAGAUGAAGAAGGCCUCGAACCAUGGCGGUGGCAAUACCGACAAGGGUUAUGUGGAGCAUGCAGAGUAG